AUGAACACUCGUAAAAGAAGAAUGGCUGCAGAACAAAUGUUGUACAAUUUGCAACAAGGACAAACAUAUGAGCCGGAUGUCUUUGGUACGAAACGUAAAAAGAUGAUUAGAGACACUAAGGAUCAACAAGACGAAUUUGAACAAAAUGAAGAUGUUUUCAAAGACUUAGAAUCCGAUGCUAUUACUACAGCAGAAUUUUUAAUUAAAAGUAAUCCAAAGUCGACUAUUCCUAUUUGCUUUAUACAUCAGAUAUAUAGUAUUUUACCGAAUAAUACAAUGGUAGAUCGAGAAUUGCAACAGGCCUUUAAGAAAGGUACUUGGAGAAAGUUUCAUGUUAUUGGUGCACUUGAAGAUGAGUUUGUUUUGUUGAAGACAGAAGAUUAUUGUCAAAUGACUAAUCAAGCAAAAGAGGAAUGUAUUAGAGAUCAAGAUGGAGAUCCAAAAGAAAUUAUAAAAGAUGUUAGAUAUAAUGAAGUUUCUAUAUUUAAAGGAGUUUUAAUGAAAGAAUUCGGUCUAACAGAAAAGAACAUGUCUCAGCUUGUCACUUAUGGAUUAUUAUUACCGCAUAUCCAAAUGGAUUUCUAUUGGUUUUCAGUUCGUAAACAAGGAAGUUUUAUGAGUAAUUUAAAGAAUGGAAGAAUAGAGAUAUUACGUAUACUAAAGAGAAGACAUACAAAAGAUAUAAUGGAAAAGGCAAAUGCUUUGUUUCAUAAUGAUUGA